UAGCCACUGUGGUGCGUGUAUUUGCGAUCCCCAAAGAGAGUGCCGAGAUUUGCUAGCAGCUUUUUGUCGUUAUCUGGAAUAUUUCACAUCUUUUCUUUUGAAAGAGGAUUCCCAAUUUAUUUUAUUUUUUACUAUUUCUUGAAGCUGUGUUUGUGGUUGUAGAAUUUACGCAUGUAGAGAUUUUGCUUCGAGUCAUAUUUACCAAGCUCAUACCUACUGUACGGUUACGUGCGCAAUACUGCAUUCCAGACGUCUGAGAAGAAAAAGCAGAGGGGUUUUUUCUUCGUCUCUAAGAAGCUCUUUGUAUUUAUUUUUGAGGUGUAUUCAGUUUCUCUUUUUGCAGUUAGUAAAUACAUUUUUCUAAAGAAACCAGUUUCUAUUUAGAUGGCAAGCUUCCCAGAUUCUGUAAAUGAAAAUGACAUAGGUAAGGCUAAGUUCAUCGGUGAGCUCUUUGUGCCAGCUGCCCCUUUCGACCAGAAGUCUGGGCGGGACACCUGGACGGUGGCUUUCGCUCCUGAUGGCUCCUACUUUGCUUGGUCACAAGGACACCGAAUCGUGAGACUUGUGCCUUGGACAAAAUGUCUGAAAAACUUCUCUGUGGGCAGUGCCGAGGCGUCGGAGGGGGCAGGGCCCCGCCGCCUGUCCCGCCAGAACAGCGACGGGCAGCUGCCCGCCGGCGUCCCGCGGGAGCACACCAUCGACUGCGGUGACAUCGUGUGGGGGCUGGCUUUCGGCUCGUCCGUCCCCGAGAAGCAGAGCCGCUGCGUCAACGUGGAGUGGCACCGUUUCCAGUUUGGCCAGGACCAGCUGCUGCUGGCCACAGGCCUUAACAACGGCCGCAUCAAGAUCUGGGACGUUUACACUGGCAAGCUGUUGCUGAACCUGAUGGACCACACAGACAUCGUGCGGGACCUGACCUUCGCCCCCGAUGGCAGCCUGGUGCUGGUGUCUGCGUCCCGUGACAAAACGUUGCGUGUUUGGGACUUAAAGGACGACGGUAACAUGGUGAAGGUCCUGCGUGGUCACCAGAACUGGGUAUACUGCAGUGCCUUCUCGCCAGACUCCUCCGUGCUCUGCUCAGUGGGGGCCAGUAAAGCGGUGUUCCUGUGGAACAUGGAUAAGUUCUGUCUGAUUCGCAAGCUGGAGGGCCACCAUCAUGACGUGGUGUCCUGCGAGUUCUCUCCCGACGGAGCCCUGCUGGCCACGGCCUCAUAUGACACCCGUGUCAUCCUGUGGGACCCUUACCUGGGCACGAUCCUGCUGGAGCUGGGGCACCUCUUCCCUCCCCCUUCGCCAAUAUUUGCAGGGGGUGCGAAUGACCGGUGGGUGCGGUCUGUGGCCUUCUGUCAGGAUGGCCUCCAUGUGGCCAGCAUUGCAGAUGACAGGCUGGUUCGUUGGUGGAGCAUUGAGGAACGGAGCCCCCAGGCCAUCGCCCCUCUCGCUAAUGGCCUCUGCUGUGCCUUCUCUGCUGACGGCAGCGUGCUGGCUGCAGGGUCUCGUGACGGCAGUGUGCAUUUCUGGGCGUCGCCCCGCAGUGUGGCCAGCCUGCAGCACCUGUGCCGCAUGGCACUGCGGCGGGUGAUGACCACUCAGCAGGUGCAGGCCCUGCCUGCCCCUCCCAGAAUGCUGGACUACCUGUCCUACCAGGUCAUGUGACCCACCAUUGCAUGCUGGAAACCAAUGAAUCUUCUUUUUUAUCACAGGAAAAAAAAACUAAAAAACAAAAUGCUGGGGGGAGCGAAAAAAAAAACUUAUCCACACACCAUGCUGUGCUUCUGCGAAGUCACCAUUUUGUAUUUAUUUUACAAGUUUGAGCAUCUCUGUGGUUCGGAGAUGGUUAUUUGUGAAGCACAUGGUUGCCGGUGAUGUCCAGUUGGAGGCCCUGCAGCUCCUCAUCCUCUGCUCCUGGGACAGGGGCUGCAAAUGCUGUCAGAGGGAGCGCUCGGACUCGGGGCCAGGGAGGCCUGCCUUUCUGCCACACUGUAAGGCGAGCGGAGUGGGCGGAGUCAGUGAGGGGCAUGGCCGAAAGUGCAUGUGCUGCUGCGUCUCUGGUGUGAGGGAGGGGAGGGCAGUGUGUGUCCACACGCACACAGGUCACUGCCUUGCAGAACGCCUCUCAUCCUCGAACUGAGUGCAGUCCUUCAGGGAAGGGGGCUCAUGCCUUCUUGAUGUGCCUCUGAUAUUUCUCCUUAAAGAGGCUUGCAGGAUAUCGACAGUGUUUCUGAAGCACCAAAUACAAAGAGGUCUCUUUUUAGCGGGACCCAGUAAAAUCUGCAGUCAUGGACAAGUAGAUCCAGCUAUUUGUGACAGUGAAAUAAGAGAUUAUUCAAUCCUUGCUUUUUCAGUAUAAAAAGACCCAGUGAAUGUCUUGUUCAAUAUUCAGUGUUCAUUUAAGGAUCAGCAUGAACGUUUAUGUUUCCCCUCAGGGAAAUGUGAUUUGUAAUCAGAUCUUUGCUGUCCAUGUAAAAGUGAAGGUUUACCCGUGAUGACUAGAGAAUGGGGGGCAGAACUAAAGUGGUCAGAAAUUCCUGUCGUAAUCCUCCAAACCUCCUGUAAACACUCGCUGAAAAAAUGCUUAAAGCCUUCAUUUGCUGUGAAAUAGAGUAUCAAAAACCAGUAACAUCUCAUGGGCUGAUCUUUUUGUCCUCAUAAUUUAUAUUUUUUUUCCCUGUAUAGAAAUCUGUAAAGACUUUUCUAUGUGUGUGUGUGUGUGUGUGUGUGUGUGUGUGUCUCAAUGGUGUUGUACUGCUCUAGGUUUGUCUUGGCUGUUUUUUUCUGAUCUGUUCAAGGCUAUAAAUACUUGUGUGAAUAAUAUUAUUCUGUAUAUAUUUAUAAUAUAUAUAUAUAAACUUUUAUUGUAAUGUGAAGAAUCAGUAUUAGAAUGGCAUGUAACUUACACCAAUGUCUUAAUCCCAGGGUCUGGAGCCCCUUCAGAAGCUGCCGUGCACAGCAUUACCUCAUGAUUCUGCUUUCUAAACUCCCUUACGGCUGCUGCAAACAGCACAGUUUUAGCUCCAGCUUUGCUCUCUUAGUUGCCCACAGCUGUCAUUUUCACAUCAUUGGGGAAGCGAGGUAUAAGUACUGUGUUUAAUGCACACAUGACUGAAGGAGAACUUGUAAAGCAUGGAUGUUUCCUUCUGAUUUUUUUUAAUAUCUACCUCCAAAAGUCGCUGGAGUAAUCUCCAUUCACAUUUUUUCUAGAAAUCACAGAUUCUUGAAGAAAUAUUUGUAUUCAGUUUUUUUUUUAAUUUGAUACCAUGGUACAGCAUAUACGCAGUAAUGGUUUUGUGAUUGGCAUGUUUCUGAAGGGGUUGUGAUGUAUGCAGAUUUCUGGUGGUAGCUAAUGGGAAACUUUAUAAUGUGAUUGUAAGGUCGAAGUGGAAAUGUAGAAUAUGAGGGUGUAAAUGGUGUUUUUUUCCAGUGUUUCUGUAAGAGGAUUUGAGCCUUUUGGGUUGGUGGAUUUGGCAGUAAGUUCUCCCACAGUUCCCAAACACUCAGCUGAUGCCAAAGGUGCACUUGGGUUUCCCCUCUGCAGGUGGCAGUCAGUGGCGGUUAUCAUUUUUAGUUGUUUUAUUCCAUUUAUGGUUAAAACUUGAAAAGUCUGUGUACUGUGUACGUUGUUUUCUUAAGCUCUCGAAAACGUGCAAGGACUUGGAGGAGAUGAAGUUCCAAAGGCCGCCAGUGUCUUGUAGCAAGCCUUUGCUAAUAGCAUUAGCGCCGACGAACAGUCCGAGCUUUUGAAUUCAAGAGAGCUGCCGGGCUUGUUCUUCGGAAGGGCCUCGUGAUGGAGGAGUCAGCCUCAUAUCUUCAGCAGAAGUGCUUCAGUCGCUUUCGUAAGACAGCAGUAGCAGCAAUCUGAAAUAUUAAUCCAAACGAAUGUAUAUUUUCCUUGCGGUUGUAUUUUUUGCAAUUU